AUGUUAUGUAUAAAAGUAGGUCACCGCUUAGCUCUCCCAUCAUUACACACUUUACAAGCCCACUGGAAUUUUACAUCUAUCACACCUACAAUCGGCCCAACCACACCUGAUCAGCUCGACUCAAACAUCAAAAACCUCCUUCUUAAUCCACUGUCCCAUAGUUCCUCCAAGCCUCUCCCUCAUUGUGGAUACUCUGUCUUGAUGGAUGAAAUCACACUGGAAGAAAGGGCUUCACAUCACCAUGCAUCAAAUAAUGUUAUCAGAUUGUGUCACUCUCAUUUGCACCUCAUCGAUCCAUCCCUGCACAUGUAUGACUCUGCGCUAAGGAUUGCCGAGAAGCUCGCAGAAGGGAAGAUACACUUAGGGAAGGAGAUGUUGGUCAUUGCUGUAGGCUUGUUUGGGGAUGAUGAGAUUUUUCCUGUUCUUGCCGCACCCACCUGCAAGUGUGAGGACAGUGAGAAAAUGAUCUCAAUUUUCACGCUGGUCAGAGACCAUUGGAAGGAAACCAGAGCUGAAGAACAACUUGGGCCAAUCUUUAGUUUCGCUACAGAUGGUGACUCGACACGAAGGGCAGCUGGUCACCACUUGUUCCUCAAGACUGAGCUUUCAGUAACAUCCAAGCUCUAUGGGACGCUUUCCCACAUGCAUGGCCUUAACCUUGCUACUGGUGAAGGCGAAAUUACUCUUGACUUUGACUAUAAACAUAUCUUCAAACAUAAGUUUUCAUUAAUCGUGAUACUUUGUUGCUUUGCUCAGGCUAACUACUGCACUAUGUAG